AUGGCGGAGGCGGUGGCGGCGGCGACCGAAGAAGAAGAGGAGGUGGCCGGGCCGCGACUGCCACAGCUGCUGGAGACCGGUCGCCGGCUCCUAGGUGAGGUCGAAGACACCAGCGAGUCGACAAACUCCAGGUUCAUCCAAGAGAAGGUGAAGCAGGGUUUGGAGAGCCUGGAUAAAGCUUCUCGCAUGAUGGCGCAGCUUGACCUGUUCAGCUCCAACGAAGACCUGGAAGAAAUCUCUUCCACCGAUCUGAAGUACCUGAUGGUUCCCGCCCUCCAGGGAGCUCUCACGUUGAAGCAGGUCAAUUUCAGCCACCGGCUGGAACAAGUACAGAGUGCCCGGGCCCACUUCCUGAACUUCUUAAAGCAGUGCCAGAACUACAAGGUCACAAAGUUCGAGCUUCCCCUAACCCAUGACAGCCUUCUUGGAAGGAAAGUAAUAGACGGGACCCCAGGAAAUCAGCAAAGCCUCGUCACCAUGGCCUCUCACAGACAAGCCAAAAUCGAGAGAUACAAACAGAAGAAGGAGUUGGAGAACAAGUUGGCAUCUCUGGAGACUGCUGUGGAAAGUGGCCUAGCAGAUGAGGAGCAAGUCCGGGAGUAUUAUUUGCUUCACUUACGGAAGUGGAUCAACAUCAGUUUGGAGGAGAUCGAGAGCAUUGACCAAGAAAUCAUGAUCCUGAAAGCCCGAGACUCGGGAAAGCAGGCAUCAACUUCUCGUAUACCUUCGCAGGGCAGGCCUCCAACCAAACCUUUUAUCCUCACCCGAGACACCACACAGGCCAAGGUAUUUGGAUCUGGCUAUCCUAGCCUGGCGACCAUGACCGUGAACGAUUGGUAUGAGCAGCGACAGAAAUGGGAUACACGCAAGAAUUCAACAGUGAACCUCCGCCAGGACGCCGAGCAAGAUGAGGAACAAGAAACAAAGUCAGAAGAGGAUGAGGAAGACACGCUGCACCGAAAGCGCAGUUGGGACGACUGGAAAGACACACACCAGCGGGGGUAUGGCAACCGGCAGAAUAUGGGCUAAUCUCAGCCUGAAGUAAUAGGACCAGAGGGGCUUCAACCUUCGCCUCCAAAGGAAAGUUGUCCAGGUUCCCUCUCCCCUCCUGCCCUCCUCCCUCUCCUGUGUACAAUGACAUCAGAGACAGUUCAUCUUGCUGUGCAUUUAAUAAAGUGUCAAAAGACUGAGUGUGCACUUGUAGCCUAGCUGAUGAGCUGACAGAGCUGUUGAGCAGAGAGUCCCAGUUUACCAGACAUUCCCAAGUAAGUGGAAAGGGAAAGGCAAUGAGAAAUGGCUCUGUAUUGUCGAUGGUUGUAUUGAUUCUCUUUUAAAAAAUAAAAUCCCGUGUGUUACUUAAGCCUCCAUGGAACCAAGCCCCUUCCUGGGCUGGGCUAGGUAGAAGCCACUUGUCCAUGGAAGAUCUGAGGAAUUAGCUCAGCGAAUUCCCUAGACUCAUAGCCAGUGGUGCUUUUCUCCAGCCCUGGGUGACAGCCCCCUUCUGCCCAGCAAGUACUUUGGGCACCAUGGCAUUUGCAGAAGGACAGAAACAGGCUAAGAUCUUCCAGCCAUUUGGCAUCAUUUUCAGGAAUCAGCAACAGGGACGUAACUGAACUCUGGUGGACACCCAAGGCCAGCCAUCAUAGACUGUUCCUCAGGCACUACUUGAAGCAGUUUUCAAAAAACAACAGUGCCUUAGGGGGUCUCACCAGCACUUGCUUUGGUCCCACGUGGAGGCUAUGAUGUGAACACAAGAUCCUGGGACUCCUGGUGCCUCUGAUUCCCACCUCUUUCCUUCAACGUAAGUCCAUCGAGAUCACAGAUUCUUCCCUUGUAGCUCUUCCGAGAGCUCAUUCAUAGCUGACGUCUUGCAGAGAUCAUCCUCUUGGAGGCUGCAGGGAUACAGUUUUGCAGAAGUGUUUGCCGUGUCUUGUAGAGAAGGGGUGGCUGGCUCAGACCCUUGUCUCUGGCAUUUUAAUUGCUCCUCCAGGAUCUGUGAUCUCCUCAGUGUGGCUCUUCCUUCCAAUGUGUCUUCCCUAAAGUUCAUCACUCAAAGUUCCUUCCUUGGCUUCUUUGGACAUCGAGAGGAUACUAUUGAAGCUGCCAGCGAACUCUCUUGCUCUCCGUCUGUGACAGACCCGUCUUUUGGAAUCACCCAUUUCUUGAUGAUGUCUUGCUCUGUAAUUCCUUGUUUGGAAUGUGUUGAACCCUGCUCAUUGGAUGACCCUCAACGUGGCUUCUGUGGAAGACUUAUCAUGUUCCACUUCUCAGCAGCACAUCCUCAGAAGAAUAUUGGUAUUAAAUAGGUAUGAUUUAUUUUGUCUCAAGGAAAAACUUGGGGGUCAUUCAUUCAUUCAAAGAACUUGGCGGUUGCCCAAAGGCAGUUCUGCCCGCUCUCUUCCUCCAAUUCCAUUCGGAGCCUAAUUCAUCAUCUAUUUGCAGUGUCUGCUGAUGGACAAAUUCUUACACGCCGUCCAUUCAGUUGUGUAUCGUCUUCUGGACAAUAAACAACCUUCGCCCGCUUGUAUCCGUUUCUGGCAUGGAGUGUUAGGCCUCAGGCUUUUAAAGAAUUUGUGGGUCUCGUUUAGAAGGUUCUGUUCUGCAGUGUUCCAAGUCUCGAAGCAGUCACUCCGGUGUCCUCCACGAGAUAGGAGCAUUUAGAGGACGUGACCACCUCUGGAGAAUCCUCUUCCAUCUGGACCUAGCAUUGGAUCUUCUCCAUGACAGUAGCGGAUUGCCUCACUUGAUAUAUUCCUACGUGGUGGGUCUUGGAACAAGGCUCGGUUUUAUGUUUUAUGUUUCAGGGGUCAGCACAUGCCGAGUUGGAAAAGAGCCAAGAAGGUGGUGUUUUGGCCUAUCAAGUCAAAUGCUUGUUUUAUUCAAUAAUCAGAAGCACAGCGUAAUCUCGUAUUCUCUCUCAGUCAGUUGGGUGGUAGUAAAGACACAGUGUAUUGUAGAACUGUCAUUGUGAAAACCUGCUUGCUCGUUUCUAAUCACUUUAUUAAGUAUGCACUCAAUAUGCGUGUAGAUUAUUCUUAGAAAAUUUGCUAUAGGCGGGGAAUGUACUUCCAGAUAGAUAUUCUCUCGGAGCUUUUUCUUUUCUUUUUUUUAGUACUAAAGUUGGAGAGCUUUUUCCAUGCUUCGGCUGUCUUCCCUUUUAAAUACCUUGAGAAUCAACCUCACGCUGCCCUCCAGAUGAAUGAUGUUGCAACUCUUGCUGAUUUUCUCAUCAUGAAAUUCUUCCAUUGCCUUUUCCACUUCCUCUUAGCCGAGUCUGUGCUCUUUUAAGUCCAUGUGUAAUAACGAUGCUGCCUUGGUGGUAACAAACAAACAAACAAACAAACAAACAAACGAAAAUUUGUUGAUGAUCGCGACUUUUGCUGAUGUUUUCCAUGUUCAGACUCCUUAUCCUUUUUCCACUUUCAUCCUUCAGUGCCCUGAGGAUGGAUGCCUGUUAGUUGGGUCUCUCGCCAAUGUUUCUUCUACCUGCCACUGCUUCCCACGAUUUUAUCAGAUGUUGUUGUCCAGAAUCUCCCGCCAUCUGCUUCCAUAAGGUUUUUGCAAACUUGUUUGUAUUCUAAGUGAGUCGUGUUCUCGCCUGCUAUGUCCCUGCACUCAGCAAAUAGAUCAAGUGUUUGUUGACUAAGGCAGUUUUCCGGAUCUUUGUGACUCGUAAUGAUGGCAUUUGAUUUACAUUGGUUAAACUGAAUGAAAUGUUAUGAUGAUCAUCAAUGUCCUGUCCUCCAUUUAUUUCUCAUUUUGUUUAAGUCUCACUGGAGUUGUUUGAAUUGCAUGCCAUGUCUUCUCAUUUUGAUUCUGCUGCUUUUGUAUUCAUUUUAACCUUUGCUCUACCAAGUCAAUGGGCUUGACUGUAUACAGAUAGCUAAUUCAGGAAUGACUCUCACAUCAAUAAUGAGGCAUUUCCUAUCUGUUAAAAUAGCAAUUAAAUGUUUGAUUACAUUA